AGUACUCUCUCUCGCGUACCCAAUGCUCAGUUGCUAAGCUCGCUCCGCUUUAACCUCUCUUGCACUCCAUAGCUUUCUUGCGCUGCAAUUCCCUUUGGUUCUUGCUCUUUUUCUGGUUCUCCUUCUUCACUCUGUUUCGAAUCUGUGUAUUUCUUCUCGUGACUGAAAGUUUCUUCUUUUAGCCUGGUUGUUUUAUCUUUUCCUCAUAAAUUCUCAUUUUGAGAUUCAAAAUCGCCACUGAAUUGUUUUUGACGCAUUUUCGCGGCAUUUAGUUGUCGUUGUCAGUUUUUUUCUGUGAUGAUUUGUUGCUUCCUGCACGUUUUCUCUAUGGGUUUGUCACAGUAAGCAAUUGCUUGAUCUGAUAUGAGUUCGAUUUCGCAAAUUUUGGUCAGUAUCUGCCAUGUAUGCUUCGGGUUCUUAGUGAAGGAAAGCUAGGUCAGUUAAAUUUUUUAGGUUUUGGGAAAUUUUGAGUUAAGGGAUUUUGGAAGGGGGCAUGGUGGGUAAGGACGAUGCUCGAAAAAUGUUCUGGCGGUCGGCUUCUUGGUCGGCGUCUCGUUCUGCCGGACACAAUCCGAUUGGCGACAACAAGGACUUCGUAGAUCCGGAUGGGAGUGUUGGUAAUAUCAACGGGGAAACUCGUAGGUAUCCUCCCGCUCCAUUAACCCCUCGAUCGCAGCAAAAUUGCAAAGCUAGGUCGUUUUUGCCUCCGUUACAGCCGCUUUCGAUUGCUCGGAGGAGUUUGGAUGAGUGGCCGAAAGCGAGUUCCGAUGAUAUCGGUGAGUGGCCUCAUCCCCCAACUCCUAGUGGAAGAGGUAAUGGCGAGAGGUUGAAGCUUGAUUUAUCUUCGAUUCAGCGAAACCCUGAUAAGAAUGCUGGGCUUGUGAAGAGAGAUAAGAUUGCAUACUUUGAUAAAGAGUGUUCAAAAGUGGCUGAACAUAUUUAUCUUGGAGGAGACGCUGUUGCUAGAGAUAGGGAAAUAUUGAAGCAAAAUGGGAUUACUCAUAUUUUGAACUGUGUGGGCUUUGUUUGUCCUGAGUACUUCAAAUCUGAUUUUGUAUAUAGAACGUUGUGGUUGCAGGACAGUCCAACGGAAGAUAUUACUAGUAUUCUUUAUGACGUCUUUGACUACUUUGAAGAUGUUAGGGAACAAAAUGGAAGGGUGUUUGUGCAUUGUUGCCAGGGGGUGUCUCGGUCCACCUCUCUGGUGAUUGCAUAUGUUAUGUGGAGGGAAGGACAGAGUUUUGAUGAUGCUUUUCAGUAUGUGAAGGCAGCAAGAGGUAUUGCUGAUCCAAAUAUGGGUUUUGCCUGCCAAUUACUACAGUGUCAAAAAAGGGUCCACGCAUUCCCACUUAGCCCAAGCUCUUUGCUGAGAAUGUAUAGAAUUGCCCCACACUCACCUUAUGAUCCAUUGCAUCUUGUCCCCAAAAUGUUGACGAAUCCUUCUCCAUCUGCUCUGGAUUCUAGAGGUGCAUUUAUCAUACAUAUACCUUCUGCAAUAUAUGUUUGGAUUGGUAACAAUUGUGAGGCCAUCAUGGAAAGGGAUGCUAGAGGGGCUGCUUGUCAGAUUGUUCGCUAUGAGAAAGUGCAAGGUUCUAUUUCGUUAAUCAAGGAAGGUGAAGAACCGGAUUAUUUUUGGGAAGCCUUUUCUAAAUUUUUGCCCUUGAUGGACAAAUCUGAUAAUAGAGUAGAAAAUGGCAAAUCAUCCUUACAUAUUUCUCCAGGUGAGAGGAGAGUGGAGUCAUAUAAUGUUGAUUUUGAAGUUUUCCAGAAAGCUAUCAUGGGAGGUUUUGUGCCUCCAUUUGCUUCAGCAGAGGAUGAACUUGAAACCCACCUCCCUGCUAGGGAGAGCUGUUGGAGUGUGUUAAGGCGUAAGUUUGCCUCUGCAAACAUGAAGGAAUUUGUCUCAGAGCCUAAAUUAUCAUAUUCAAGGGUUUAUUUGGAUUCAGUGUCAGGCACUCAUUCAUUGAUAAGUUCAUCUCCAUCACACUCACUGUCAUCAAGUACAUCUUCUUCUUCAUCCCCUUAUCUCUCACCAGAUUCCAUUUCGUCUGAUUCAAGCAAUAGUUCAAAGUGUUCAGAAACAUCACUUGAUUCUCCUUAUGGAGCUUUGACUUCUACGCCAGCAUCCUCAUCUUUAUCUAACUUUUCUAACUUGUCCCUCCUUUCAUCUAGUUGUUCUUCUCAACCAGUAACAAAAGGUGCAGUAACUUGUAGUGUCAAGCUGGCAUCACAGCCCUGUCAUCAGUCAGCCUCUUUGCUAUUGAAAAAACCUUCAACUUCUCUUGCUGAGCGCAGAGGAAGUCUGUCAAAGUCUUUAAAGUUACCGCUGAUGAAUGAUAAAACACUGGUGAUGAAUAGAUCAUCAACUUUUAAUGCUACUCGAGAAGAUGGUGCUGUCAUGAAUGGCAGCGCUAGGCAUUUGCAUCAAUCAGAUGGUAUAGAAAAUUCUUCCGAUGUAAACAACCAUGUCAAGGGCAGAGGUUUGGAUUCAACUCAACAGUCUGAGGUGUUAUUAUGUUCAGGUGCUGUAGAUAGUGUUGACUACAACAAAGCUUCAUUUGUUGGAAACUGUAGUUACCCUUGGGUGAGAAGCUCUUCAAGAGAAGACAUAAAAUCUACUUCUUCAAAUGGCAUGGAUGGAAGUGGUCUACUACAAUCUAAUAAUAAACAAAACUUAGUUUAUCAAUGGCCCAGCUUAGAGAAGAUUGUGACAUUCAGUGCAAGUCAUUUGGACUCUAAAGCAGCUUUUGUUAUUUUUUCUUCAAGUACAAGUUCUGGUAAACAUGCAAGAAACAUUUUAUAUUUUUGGCUGGGAAGUUCUUUCAGCUGUGCUACAUCUCAGGAUCGAUUAGACAGUAACAGAGAGAUAGAUUGUCGAGGAGGAGUUGACUGGAAUCAAGUUGGUUGUGAUAUCCUUGCUCAUUUUGGUUUGCCAAAUGACACUAUCAUCAAGAUUGUUAAAGAGAGCGAAGAACCAGAAGAGUUUCUUGCCUUACUGAGUACCUUGUAGCGCCAAUAAAAUUAGGAGAUCCCUGUUUUCAAGCAGCUUCUGUAACCUUUCUUGAAUUUGCACUGUCUCUGCGGACCAACUUUUCAGGCAUUAGUUCAUCUAACCUCGGAAAAAUAGCAGAGGGACGCUGUGGAAUUCACCGUAGCUCAGCUGAUUUGUACAGUGCUUUAACACUCAAUCUCAAAUUUUAUGUUUUAGACUGAAAUUACUUGAACAUUCACCUGUUAUCAAAAUGCCUUCAGAUUCUAUAAUUGAAAAAAAAAAAAUUAUUCUCAGGACACCACAUCCUUUCCCUCGAUCACAUUGUAUGUAGAACACUAGAAAGUUCAUUAAUCAUUAGGGUGUACUAGUUCCUUAUUUCUGAAUUGAGCCUCUCAGAUCAAAGAAAAACUGGAUGGUAUCAGUACUUGCUUUGUACGAAAGUAAUAUCUUUGUUCAACAUAGCACUUGAAAUACUACUGUAAGGUAUUUUACUUUGAAUUA